AUGGCGGCUAUAGCUACACACAGGCUGCAUUUUCCCGUCAGACAAACAAUGGAAAGCACCGACGGGUCAAUUUCCAUGGACUCCAGUGAUAAUUUCGAUAGAGACUCUGUCAAUAUGGACGCCGUAAGUUGUUGUAGUGACGAUACGGUUUUGUCAGUGGGUAACGAGAACCCUAUACAGGGUGCCGAAAAGGAACCGCUGAGUUUUAAGAACAUAGAGAACCAUUUAAACGCGAUUUCACAAAUUUCUGCGAGUGCGAGUCCCGAAUCUAGUCCGAAAUCGAACAAAAGUGUAAGUCCUGGAAGUUUUUAUAACCAAAUCAACCUCAAAAACGCCUCGGACGAGGAUAAUCCUCGGUUGAAGUUCUCUAUAGACAAUAUUUUAAAGGCGGAUUUCGGUAGGAGGAUAACAGAUCCGUUGCACAUUAAAAAGACUGUUCCUAAACGCGUAGUUCCUGAUGAAUGUAAAGUGCCGGGACCGGUGGACUUGAGGAAAAACGAAGAAAAGGAGAAGAAGGACGAAAAGCAGCCGAUUUUGUGGCCGGCGUGGGUUUACUGCACAAGAUAUAGCGACAGACCUAGUUCAGGUAUUUAUGUAUAUUUUUUACAAAUCGUAUUGGACAUUCAAAGACACUACACGUUAUUACAUCUUUAA